UCCUUCGAUUACACUCGUGUUGCAUACAUUUAUAAUAUGGGUUUCAUGAAAAUUUCCGAUUUCGAAAUCGCCAUGGAUGUUACAGUGUCUGACGAUGUAUUAAUUUCCAUGCCGUCAGCAUUCGUUAUGAGAAAAGGAUUUCCCCAUAAAGAAUAUUUCAACAAAAUAAUGUACAAUAUAUUCGAAAGUGGCGUUCGAGAUCAUUACACAGAAGUUGACUCGUGGAACAACCCGCUUACGAAACUAGUUAAGAAGAGAGCUGCUAUGAGUAAAGAAACAGAGCCUCAUGUUGACCCCUUGGCAUUAAAGAAUUUUUAUGGAGCCUUCGCAAUUCUUGUUAUCGGUUACCUUCUGUCGUUCGCUUGCUUCCUUGUCGAAUUAAUAAUUGGAAAAAAGAUGAAAAGAUUCCAACUUUAAAUUUUACGCAAUUAUACCCUUAACCGUUCUAGUUCGAAAUGUUUUCUUUCGUGUUAAAUAUAUAAAUUUAUUAAUCCAUAAUAUUCACUUCCUU